GCCCCAUGGCCGCCGACGUGUUCGCGUGCUCCCCGCGCCGGCCGCGCGGCCGCGCCCGGCCCGCGCCGCUCCGGCCGCCGCCGCCCGACGACGACGACUCGGAGCCGGACGAGGCGACGGGCCGGGCCCCCGCGAGCGACGCGCCGCCGCCGCCGCCGCCGCCGCCGCCGCGCCGCCAGCAGAUCAUCCACAGCGGCCACUUCAUGGUGUCGUCGCCGCACCGCGAGCACCCGCCCAAGAAGGGCUACGACUUCGACACGGUCAACAAGCAGACGUGCCAGACCUACAGCUUCGGCAAGACCAGCUCCUGCCACCUGUCCAUCGACGCCUCGCUCACCAAGCUCUUCGAGUGCAUGACGCUGGCCUACAGUGGAAAGUUGGUGUCUCCAAAAUGGAAGAAUUUCAAGGGCCUGAAGCUCCAGUGGAGAGACAAAAUCCGGCUCAACAACGCCAUCUGGCGGGCGUGGUACAUGCAGUAUCUGGAGAAGCGCAAGAACCCCGUGUGCCACUUUGUCACCCCCCUCGAUGGCUCUGUGGACGUGGACGAGCACCGACGGCCAGAGGCCAUCACCACGGAAGGGAAGUACUGGCGGAGCCGCAUCGAGAUUGUGAUCAGGGAGUACCACAAGUGGAGGACCUACUUCAAGAAAAGGCUGCAGCAGCACAAGGACGAGGACCUUUCGAGCCUGGCCCAGGACGACGACAUGCUCUGCUGGCCCAGGCACGGGGAUGGCUGGAAGAGCCCCGUGCCCAUGGAGGAGGACCCUCUGCUGGACACGGACAUGCUCAUGUCCGAGUUCAGCGACACGCUCUUCUCCACGCUCGCGUCUCACCAGCCCGUGGCCUGGCCCAACCCGCGGGAGAUCGCACAUCUGGGAAACGCGGACAUGAUCCAGCCGGGCCUCAUCCCGCUGCAGCCCAACCUGGACUUCAUGGACACCUUCGAGCCUUUCCAGGAUCUCUUCUCUUCCAGCCGCUCCAUUUUUGGCUCCAUGCUGCCCGCACCUGCCUCCACCCCCGUGCCAGACCCCAGCAGCCCACCUGCACAGGAGAGCGUCCUCCCGGCCGUGGGCCUCCCGGACAGUCUCAUCGCAGCCCCCGCAGACGCCACGCUGGACCCGCCUGAGCGGCAGGGCUGUGGGCGCGCGCCCCCGCCCGAGGAGCCUUUUCUCCCGGCCCCAGACUUUGGCGCCCCUGUGGCGCCGCUGAGCGCACCCCCGUCCUUCAUGCCCGUCUUCCCUUUGCCCCUGCUGCCACCCAGCCCCGCCCCCGCGCCCGCCGUGCCGCCCGCCUUCCUGCAGACACAGAAGUUUGCGGGCGUCAGCGCACCGCCCUCGGUCAUCACCCACACGGCCUCGGCCACCCUCACCCACGACGCCUCUGCCACCAGCUUCAGCCAGAGGCCGGGCCUGGUCAUCACCGCGCGCCAGGCCGCACCCUCCCCGGCCCCCUGCGCUCUGGCGCUGCCCCCUGCCACCCGCCCACCCACCGUGGGCCCUCCCCAGCCCCAGCUGACCUUUGUGCACCCCAAACCCGUGCCCUUAACCGGGGGGAGGCCCAAACAGCCCCCCAAAAUAGUGCCUGCCCCCAAGCCGGAGCCCGUGUCCUUGGUCCUGAAGAGUGCCUGCCUUGCCCCGGCUGCCUUCCCAGGACAGCCCCGCGCAGUGAUCAUGACCUCGGGUCCCCUGAAGCGAGAGGCCAUGCUGGCUGCGCCUGUGUCCCAGCCCAGCGUCGUCCUCACGCCGGCCACCAUCGCCAGGGCCCCUGGAGUCGCGGAAUUCCACGGCGGCAUCCUGGUGACCGAGCUCAGCCCCGGCACGGGUGGGCCCCGGCUUUUCUCCCCGGGCACCGGCACAGUGCAGGACCCCCUGGUCAAGGGCGAGCAGGCCCCCGCGGCAGGCCCCAGCCGUGACUGCGCUGGCCCCGGGCAGGCCUCGCCCUGCGCCCUGGAGCAGAGCCCCGGCCCUCAGUCCCCGCAGGGCAGUCGCGCGGGGAAGGCCGCCGAGCCCAAGAACGUGGCCGCUCUGAAGAACCGGCAGAUGAAGCACAUCUCGGCCGAGCAGAAGAGGCGCUUCAACAUCAAGAUGGCCUUCGACACCCUCAACAGCCUCAUGUCCAACCACUCCAAGCUGACCAGCAACCCCAUCACGCUGCAGAAGACGGUGGAGCACAUCACCAAGCUGCAGCAGGAGCGCAGCCAGCUGCAGGAGGAGGCGCGGCGGCUGCGCGAGGAGAUUGAGGAGCUCAACGCCACCAUCCUCUCCUGCCAGCAGCAGCUCCCGGCCACGGGUGUCCCUGUCACCUGGCGCCAGUUUGACCACAUGAAGGACAUGUUCGACGAGUAUGUGAAGAGCCGGACCCUGCAGAAUUGGAAGUUCUGGAUCUUCAGCAUCAUCAUCCAGCCGCUGUUCGAGUCCUUCAAGGGCAGCGUGUCUGGCAGCAGCCUGGAGGAGCUGCACCGCUCGGCGCUCAGCUGGCUGGAACAGCGCUGCUCCCUGCCCGUCCUCAGGCCCACGGUGCUGAGCACCCUCCGGCACCUGAGCACCACCACCUCCAUCCUCACGGAGCCCUCGCUGCUGCCCGAGCAGGCGGCCGAGGCCGUCACCAGAAUCGGCCGGAAGUUGGGGGAGUCGUAGCCUCGCUCAGCCCCCGGAGCGUGAGGUGCCGUGGAGGCAGCGAGGCCCCGCCAGUCACUCACCGCCGCACCUGGGCCUGCCGGCGCCACUGUGUCCCCGGGCCAGCCGCCUGCGGGGUCAGCGUGUGGCAGGGGGCACGAGGCCGCUGACCCGCUCCAGCCCGCGGCUGGGCUGCCUGCAGCCGCGCCAGGACGAUUCUCGGACCAAAGACCCUCCUCCCUGCCGGCCCAAGCGGGGCCCGGAGCAGCAGCGGGCGCGAGGGCGCGUGUGGCGGCGGCCGAGGGGGCCCAGGUGCUCUUGACACUCAGGAAGCCCAGAGGCCCCACGCCCCCGGCCUCCUGCUGGGCACGGGCGGGGGCGGCCAGCCGGGAACGGGCCUUCCGGACUCCCGGUGCCUCCUGGACACGUUUACAGGCCUCUUGGGCGGGAUCCCACGGGACGGGGACAGGGCAGCAGGGCCACCGGGCCGGGGGCGCGCUUGGCUCCCCUCUCGCCGUGCCUUCUCUGUCUCGGGGUCUGCCCCAGGCCCCCACGGCCACAGCUUUCCCCCCCAGCCAGGGGCCCUCUGUUCACCUCUGUGGGGUGUGUCCGCGCCCGCCUACCUCUCCCACCCGAAACCGUGGUGCCGGGGCCCAGCUGGGGUUCCCCGCCCCGUGGCUCCCCCACACCACCGCCUCUGGUGACUCCUUCCCCUGGUGCUCACCUCGCUCUGCGGUCUGGCCACAAAACUGUGCCCCCCCCAGCCCUCCUGCCCGCCCUCUUCCCCCAGGCCAGGCGGGCGCAGAUGGCCGCUCGCCUGCUUCUCACAGCCGGGGCCGUGGCACAGGCCAGCGGCGUUGCCGGAAACCCAGUUUCUUGCGGAAUGGAGGGCAGAGAACCCACAGGAGCCUCUGGGGUGCAGCGGGCACUGGCUGCCUCUCGCCUGGCAUCCUCCCCUCCGACACGAGCGCUUUGGUGGGGGGUCAGCUGCCCAGGAGGAGGAGUGCAGAUGGGCAGAGUGGGAGGGGUGUGGGCGGGGGGCACCCACGCGGCAGCUUAUCUCCAAGGCCCCCUGUCCCCGUGGCAGCUGGACAGGGCCCAGUGCCCUCCAGCCGCCCGCUCCCUGCCGGGCCUGCUCUCAGCUUUGGUCUGUCCUGGUGCGGCCGCUGGGCGCUGGGGGCUCCUGGCAGGGUUGGUGACGGGCCUGGUGCCCGUGGGCAGGAAGGUGCGGAGAAGUCUCAGGACCCUGCUGGCCUCCGACGCGGGCCCUGUGUGGAGGCGGGCGGGCGCUUGCGUGCGUGUGUCCCGCCCCAGCCCUGCUGUCCCUGUAGGUGCGGGCGGCUGCCCUCGGCCCCGGAGCUCCACUGUGACCCGCAGCCCAAGGUCUGCCCCGCCCCGCCACAGCUCCACAGUGCAUUUCAGACUCACUCGGAGACAAUAAAUCCAUGUUGUCAGGA